AUGGAUCUCAGCGAGCUGGACAGAGACAGUACGGGCCGCUGUCGCCUGAACUCGCCUGUGCCUGCGGUGUGCCGCAAGGAGCCCUGCAUCCUGGGUGUCGAUGAAGCGGGACGGGGCCCCGUGCUGGGCCCCAUGGUCUACGCCAUCUGUUAUUGCCCCUUGUCUCGUCUGGCAGAUCUGGAAGCCCUGAAAGUGGCAGACUCAAAGACCCUAUCGGAGAGCGAGCGAGACAGGCUCUUUGUGAAAAUGCAGGAGGACGGGGACUUUGUGGGCUGGGCAUUGGACGUGCUGUCUCCAAACCUCAUCUCUACCAGCAUGCUUGGGCGGGUCAAGUACAACCUGAAUUCCCUCUCGCAUGAUACAGCCACUGGGCUGGUACAGUUUGCAUUGGACCAGGGUGUGAAAGUUGCCCAGGUGUUUGUGGACACCGUGGGGCUGCCAGACACCUACCAAGAGCGGCUGCAGCAGCGCUUUCCCGGCAUCGAGGUGACAGUCAAGGCCAAAGCGGAUGCCCUGUACCCUGUGGUCAGCGCCGCCAGUAUCUGUGCCAAGGUGGCCCGUGACCAGGCUGUGAAGAAUUGGCACUUUGUGGAAAAACUCCAGGGCCUGGACGCCGAUUAUGGGUCCGGUUACCCCAAUGAUCCCAAGACCAAAGCCUGGCUGAGGAAGCAUGUGGAGCCCGUGUUCGGCUUCCCCCAGUUUGUCCGGUUCAGCUGGCGCACGGCCCAGAGCAUCCUGGAGAAGGAGGCAGAAGGCGUUAUGUGGGAGGACUCACUGACAGGGGAUCAGGAGGGACCUGGGAGGAUCACGUCCUACUUCAGCGAAGGCGCCCGAGUCCGCCCCCGCCUGCCCCACCGGUACUUCCAGGAGCGGGGUCUGGAGUCAGCCACCACUCUCUAG